GUUUACUGGCAUUUAGUUUGUUAUGUUAAUGGCAGUGCAAGUGAAUGAAAGUUUCUUUAAAAUGGGGUUUAGUAUUAGAGAAAAUUAUCAUUUUUUUGUGUAAUAAAGUGACUUUGUUAUCAUUUAAUAUAAUAUUCAUUACUAUGAACCUAUCCACAUUCAGAAAGUUCUCUACUACAGCCCAUAGUCAAACCUACGUACUUAAAUGAAAAUCCAAUGUUUUUAGACUUAAAAAUGAUGAGGCUGUCCAGUUUAUUCAAACUGAAAGAAAUUUUAGAAGAUGUGGGAUAACAUAUGAAGUGGACCAAGUUUAUAUUUUGGAAUGGCUUCCAUAAGUGGAGCUCAGACUUCCAGAACUUUACUUGAUAUUAUUCCUCAGUAUUCCAAAUCGAAGAUUGAUGUAGGCAGUGUAAGAUUAAAAUCAUUAGUCAGUAUUGGCAAUGUCCAAUGUUCAACUUCCCGCUUUCCAAAAUUAGAAGAAUGUGCACACUUUCAUUAUGAUCAUGUUGAUUUACAACCUAUACAGUUGAAACUAUUAGAAGAUUCAGUCAAAGGGGAGGGAUUCGAAGGAAUUACGUUGAAAGUGACUAGUGGUCAUGAAGCUUGGCAAAUACGUAGAACUUAUGACCACUUUUGUAAGCUCGAUGAACAGCUGCACCAAUGUGUAUUUGACAGAAAAUUUAGUGAGUUACCUAUACUGUCACGGAUGACGCCCAAAAAUGAUGCAGAAAUCAAGAAAGUUCUGAAUAGUUAUGUUAAAAGAUUGAGCUAUAUCGGUAGUGGUUGUGCUAUCAGUUGUGGACCUGCAUUGAGUUGGUUCGAAUUGGACAACCGAGGCAGAAGGAUUGUAGCUGCAGGGCAGGGGAUUAAUACUCCUGCUGUUGCUGCUGCUUUUGCAACCACUCCUUAUACAGCUCAUGCCACUGAUGAGCUUUCUUUUCAGAUUGGAGACAUGAUAUCUGUUAUUGAUAUGCCUCCCGCAGAAGAAAGUGUUUGGUGGAGAGGUAAAAGAGGAUUUGUUGUUGGAUUUUUCCCUUCUAAUUGUGUAGCUGUAAUAACUGAUAAAAUACCAAAUGAAAUAGCUUUGGCUGAGCCUAGUAAACCAGUGCUAAGGAAACAUGGAAAACUAAUUGCAUUUUUUCGAGCUUUUAUCCUUUCAAGGCCCUCUCGUCGUCGCUUGAAGCAGACUGGUAUUCUAAAAGAAAGAGUGUUUGGUUGUGAUCUUUCAGAACAUUUGCUUAACUCUGGAAGGGACAUCCCUCUGGUGCUUAAAUGUUGUUCUGAAUUCAUUGAAGCUCAUGGCAUAGUAGAUGGUAUUUAUCGUCUUUCUGGAGUAACUUCUAACAUUCAAAGAUUGAGAUCGAUUUUCGAUGAAGAUAGGCUUCCAACUCUUGUUGAGGACACAGUUAUAAAGCAGGAUAUUCACAGUGUUGCCUCCCUCCUUAAAAUGUACUUCAGAGAACUUCCUAAUCCUUUAUGUACCUAUCAACUUUAUGAAGAAUUUGUCGCUGCUGUUCAAUCAUCAAUAGAUCAUCGCAUUGAAAAUAUGAGAAAAGUAGUGCGAAAACUUCCACCACCACAUUACAGAACUCUAAAGUACCUCAUGGGUCAUCUUGGACACGUAUGCAGUCACAGUUCUGGUACAGGAAUGACAGCGAGGAAUGUAGCUAUAGUAUGGGCGCCCAACCUAUUAAGAUGUAGAUCCCUGGAUCAAGGUGUUGCAGCACUUCAGGGUGUUGGGAUUCAAGCUGUGGUCACUGAAUUUCUAAUUCUUAAUUCUCCUGAGAUUUUCGGAACACAUGAUAUCAGUGAGGCCAGGCCAAAGUCGGUAGCUAUAAGCACACCAACUAAGCUACUUACUUUGGAGGAAGCUCAAGCCCGAGGUCAAACACCACGUAUAACCCAGGGAGAAGUCAAGGAGCAGAUUUGUAUUAUAGAGAAAAUGCCUUGUUACCACACAGUAAUCGACCUACCUCGCAAACGUCCUGCUCUUAAUUGGAAAACUAUUUUCACUCCCAGAAGAAGUCACCAAGUGAAAUCUCCCCGUAGAUUUAAGAGGAAAACAGUCAUAAAGUCUGCUGAGUAUUUAACAGGUAGUGGAACAAAUGGCUCUUCUCAACAGGUGAAUAAUUCAACUCACAGCAGAUCUGUCUCACAUGAUUCUUAUUUCGAUAUGGCUACUGCGGAGCAUCCAUCUACUUCUUCUCUUGUUGAUACUCAGCAUGAAGGUUUAUCAUUGUCUCUGGAUUUGAGUGAAUUACAAAUGAAUUUCGACGUAGAAGAAAGUGAAAUGAGAAUAUUCUCAGAAGAUGAAACAAAUCAGCUUUUUAGUUCUGGCAUUAGCCUUAUUGAAUCUGAUAAUUUGGAACAAAGGUUUUCCUCUCAAGAACUUCGUUAUAUUGAUAGCUAUUCACCUGAACCAGAUAGCCCCUCUGACACCUCUCCAAGGUACCAACCACUACUUACUCCUAGUUCAUAUGAAAAUUUGAGAACAGCAAACAAUAAUUGUGAUGGUGCACCUUCUUCACAGAGAACAUCUGCUUCAUAUGCUUAUGAAAAAUUGACUGAAUCACCAGUUCUUGGAGAAAAUUUUGAAAACUAUGACAAUGAAUCUUGUGAAGAAGUGAAACAGGAAAAUGAUCUUUACGAAGGCUGUUAUGAAGAAAUGGAACUAGGCAUUGAAGGAUAUGAACCAGUAUCACCCGUACCAGCUUAUGAAAAUCAGAAGAGCGUUAAUCAAACAGAUAAUAGUAUUUAUGAGGAUGUACAGUUAACAACUUCUGAAAUAUACCAGCAAGUUUCAUACCUGAGAAACUCUGUUGAGGAACUAAAUAGAUUUGUUUUAGAUUCUAACCAAGACAAGGAUUCUUCACUGAAUACAGAUAAAGAAGCCGAUGAAAAGUCUGAGAAAAGUAGUAAGAAUGAUGAUGAAACAGAAAUUCCAGUGCAUCAUAAAAUAAUUGAUUCCCUUGAAAAUGUUGGUGGAACUGUGGCAACAGAGGUGUCAAUAGAGCAUUCUCCCAGUUCAGAACCUAUAAAGACAGAAAUUAAAACUAAUCAAGUAAAAGUAGUUGAAUGUAGUUUGUCUGAUGAAUGUGUACCUGAUUGGGAGGAUAACAAUGAAUUAUUAGAUUCAGAUAGUGCUACAAAUUAUGAAAAUGUUGAUUUAAUGAUUAAAGACAAUUUAUAUAGGGAUAAAAGUGAGGGAAAUUCAAAUGACAAUAAUCCUGAUAUGAAUGAAAGUAAUUCUAAAACCUCAGCACAAUUCCUACAAGAUAAUUGUGAUACUAAAUUAAGUAUGUCUAUUAGAGGCAUAAUAGAUGAUAGUGAAUCCUUAAAAAAGGAAAUUACUACGCCAAAAGUAAGUUGUUGUGUGGUAUCUGAAGUUCUGAAACAAGAUUGGAUUGAUAGAACGAAAGAUACUAAAUUCACAACUCCAGAAGAAUUUCAAGAUUCUGAUAAAAAGACUGAAAAAUCGCAAAAAAUGUUUGAAAAAGAUGGGUGCAAAUGGGAACUAAACUCUGGAAUUAAAACUGAAGAAUCUGAUGUUGAAAGGAGAGAACGAAUAGAAAGGUAUAAAGAAGAAAGGAGAACAUUUUUUAGGAAAAAAUAUGGAGCUGAUAGUGUUAACAAUAAUGAUGAAGCUGAUGAAGAACUAAUUAGAAGGAUAAAACAGCGGACCCAGCGAGGAGGAAGUGGGGAAAAGUGGUGCACUGAUCUUAGAUCCCCCACAAAAACUACUGUUAAUAUUUCUUAUUCACCUGCUAGAGUAUCAGCAAACAAACAACUUUCACUGCCAAGCUCUCCAGAAAAAAAUGAGAAAAGUGAUUCUUCGUAGUCCUCUUCUGCCUGUGUCAAGUUUUAAUUUAUUUUAUUACAUGAUAUUUCUACUCAAUUUUUCAUUUCUCUCUUACAACUGCUAGAAACAUUGAGAUAUGCUCAUUAUUAUUAGACCAAACAGACUAUAGCUUACAAUAUUUAUUUAUUUACUAUAUCAGUAAGCAUCUUUAUAUUAUAACUUGUAGACUAUAUAUAUAUAUGUAUAAGAAUCCUAUUUGUAUAUAAAACUUUACCUAAAACCAUAACUUGCUUAUUGGAGAAUGAAAAAUGGAUUUGUGGGUCCUUAAUAUAUGAAUUGUUUUUUUAAGAUAAGUAAAGGACAAGUGAUUGGCUAGCUUUUAUUAGCCUUACUGAAAUCAUGCUUUAAUAUAAUAAAAUAUAAAGUAAAGUGUUUAAAUAGUCAUUAGAUUAACAAUAAAAAUUUAAGAAUUUCUUUUUUACACAACUGUGUAUAUAUUACGCUCUGUGUAUGUUUCUUGUUAUAUAGAUACACAUCUGAUUAAUCCAUGUUCCCACAAAGGCCAAAUACUAAAAAUAGGUUUUUAAAUUUAUUAUUUAAUCUAUAUUAGAAUUUAAACUCAUGAAUAUUGUAAUGAUUAACGUUCAUUACAGCUUAACAUGCGUAAGAACUUCUGCCACUGUAAAAUAUAAUUGUUUUGUGAUUGUUAUUAAUAAAGUUGUUAAUGGAAAUGUUAAAUCUUAGUUACACAAGUUAUUAAAUUGUUAAAGCUCAAUUUAAUUUUAAUAGUUUGUUAAUAAUUAUUAAAAACUUUAAAUUUUUUUUAAAAAGGAUUUAUAUGUGUUCAAUAAAAAACCAGUAUUCAUUCCUGUUUUUCUUUAAUAUUUUUGACUAUAAUUAUUUAUAUUUAUUUAAAAAUUAUUAGCUAUUAACUACUUUCUUGUAAAGAUUAAUACUGUAAAUAACACCAAAAUAUAUCUAACAUUAAUCUUUACUUAUGAUAUGAUAGGAUUAAAAUGACUCUGCUGUAAUAUGUUAUUUAUUUAUGUUUUGGAAAGCAAUUUAUUAUGUAUAUGUUACAUAUAUUUUUUAAGCAACUGUUAACAAAAAUAUAUUGCCACUUGUAUAUUAUUAUGUAUUCCCUUAACAGUUAAAAUAAAUAUAACCAUUGAAUCCAGAAAAUAUUGUGAUCUUUGAAGUACAAAUCUGCUUACCUGAA